AAUCGAUUCAUGUUUGUUUUUAUCAGCGACAGCUAGAAUUACGCACUUCAAUUCAUUUGAAAGUACCUACAUAUUUGAUUAAAUUAAAUAAAUAAGAUGUAGAUGUGAAUCUGUUAUUAGCAUACUAAAUAAUAUCCGGAUAUAGAAAUGUGUCAGUAACACAAAAGGACUAUCGAAACUGUCUUUCGGAUGGUAUACUAAUAUCUCCGGUAAGUGCCGGCUUAUCACCAUAUGUACAAAGAUUAAAUGAAAGACAUUAUUGAAACUCGAACGUACCAACUGUGAGCGGAACUCCAAGCAGGGGUGAUAAGAAACGGGAGCAAAGUACCAAGCAACAGCCUCUAAUUUAGUCUUGUCGAGUUCGUCACACAGUGCAGAUCAUUUCACUCCGGUGCGGAACAACGAACCACACAGAAUCCUUAUCAGUUUAGUUCAAUUUCUCUGGUGUUCACCUAAGUUUUCACUAUCCGAUAGAGAAUGUAAUCUAAUCAUCGCGUGAACGUAGCUUAAAAUAAUCUGCCGUCUUAGGCUUCAACUGGCGGGUUGCCUCAAAAAGAAAAACGGACAAUUGCUGGCAAUCUUUCAUGAACCCGAAUCUUCAAUGUAUAAGGCAAUUCACUUGGGACGGACAGUUGCAGGUUGUAAUAAUGUCAUUCGUAAAAAUAUUGAGUCACGCCAGUUCGGGGCCAAUUCGAAAGCAAAGCUACGUCGCGUGCUGGUCGUAUCGAAGCUAACUCGGCUAGAGUUCGAGAAAACCCGCGACGGUGCCCUGAGCGAUGAAAAACUUGAGCAGAAAAUACGCAUCCGCGGUUCGGAUUACGAUGCGAUGAAAUACUACCACCACUUGCACAAGGAUGUGGAAGAAGAUGUGGUCGAAUCGUUCCGCAGAGAAGGUAUUGAAGUGAAAGUGGUCAAUCGGUUGACCAUCAACAAGGGAAUUCUACGUUGGGCUGAUAUGGUUGUACCGAUCGGGGGUGAUGGGACAUUUCUGUUGGCAGCCGGCAGGGCUAGUCCAUUCAUGCUGGAUAAAGGCAAAAAGACUCCGGUGGUGGGCUUCAAUUCAGAUCCGAGACGGUCCGAGGGACGGUUGAUGCUACCCAAAUACUAUUCGACAAACGUUAGCGAGGCAGUGAAACGCAUCUUGGCGGGAAAUUUCACUUGGAUGCAACGAUCGAGAAUAAGAAUAACGUUGGUUGGGAACACGACUACGGAGAGACCGCCACCGAUUGAUUUGCAUGAAUACAACGUAUCGCCAGUGGAGCACGAAGAGGUUAUUGGACGAAAUGGUACCGAGUAUAAAAGCAGCAAUCGAAUUCUGCCAUACUUAGCUUUAAACGAGGUGUUCAUCGGGGAAAUGCUUUCUGCUAGAGUAUCUCAUCUCCACUUGCGAGUAGAUAAAUCGGACGUAGUCACUAAAACUAAGAGCUCUGGACUGUGUGUUAGCACUGGCACUGGUUCCACUUCAUGGCUGACAAGCAUGAACCGUCUGUCGACCAGCAACGUGCGGGAUCUAAUAAAUAUUAUUAAACGGAACUCAGAUGCGGCUGCUUUAAACGGUAUCGAUCCGGAAACGAUAUCGGAGGAAUAUAAUCGUAAUCUGGUCUUCCCAGCCGAUGAUCCGCGAUUGUGCUAUUCUAUACGGGAACAAAUCUGUAUUGGAGUUUGGCCCAAUCCUAAGGGGCUGGAAUCGCGAGAUUUUGCUAAGGAGAUUACAGUCAAGUCCAGAUGUAUUGAUGCAAGCCUAGUGAUAGACGGUAGUAUUGCGUACAACUUCAACGACGGAGCGGAAGCGCUGCUUGAGGUCCAUCCGGAGGACGCGUUGCUGACCAUUGUAAUGGACUGAGAAAGGAAAACCUGUAAUGUUUUUCACGAUAUUUUUUAGAAGUUUAGGAAUAAAAAGUGAGAAUUGAAAGAUAGAAACCGUGCACUGUAUAAAUUUAGAUGCAAAGCAUAAUCUGCACUAUAACUUUUAUUAAGCUAAUUUGUUUAGAAGCUUUUCAAAGCAUGUUUUGUAUGAGAGCGCAUUUAUUUAUAAUAAUAAAAAUAGUUAAAG